GUAGGAAAAAGAAAAAAAAAACAAAAAUACAAAUGAGAACAUUCAAAAACAAUUAAGCAAACAAAGAAAAGUAAAACUUGCAAACUUAAAACAGGACAGCAACAACACGAAAAUAAUGACUUCAAGUGGCAGCAGCAGCAGUACAACCUCGCCGAACACAUCACCUCGUCAAAGAAAACGUUCAACACGAACAAACAACAGUUCCCUAACAGCAACAACUAAACGUCUGAGUAAUAAAAAAGUAAUUAUACCUCUAGAACAAGGUUGUGAGGACAAUUGGACCUGGAGUAGGCGGCACCGAUCAAAGGAAGUGGUAUUGAGUGGCACAAACGAUCGUACCGUACACUUUCAUCCCAACUGGAGUAAAGGUACUGCUGGUGUCCAGGGUAAAAGACCCCUAAACAAUGGACGUUUCUAUUGGGAAUUACAUGUAUCGCAGAGAAUUUUCGGCACCAGCAUAAUGUUUGGCAUAGGAACGCGUAGGGCACGCCUACAUGCCAAUUCAUUUCGCAAUAUUUUAGGUGAAAAUGAACAUGGCUGGGGUUUAUCGCACAAGGGUGUGUUGUGGCACAAAGGUGUGGCUUUAUUAUAUACAGAUCGUUUUAAAGAGAACCAAGCCACUGUAGUGGGUAUACUUUUCGAUGGCAUUGAGGGCACCUUAACCUAUUACAAGGAUGGCAAAUGUUUAGGUGUAGCUUUUCGGGGUUUAGAUAAGAUCAAGGAACCCUUAUAUCCCAUAGUUUGCUCAACGGCCGCUAAAACUGAAAUGACUUUAAAUAGUACACGCAGUGAUAUUGGUCAUUUACAAGAUCGUUGUCGUGCCGAAGUUAUGAAACACAUUAAGUCUCGUCAAGAUCUUUUAAAACUUAAAUUACCUUCAAUUAUAACAAAUUAUUUAAGUGAAGCAUUUAAUGAUAAUGUUCCACUGCGACAGGUAGACAACUAUGAUAUGCUUUAUGAAUUUUAAAAAUAUUAGUACAAGCCAGGAAAAAACGAGAACCAUAAGAAAACUAUGUAUUUCAAAUCAACUUUUAAAUUUAUAUA